GGCCGCUGUGAUCGCAUGCCUAUUUGCCUACACCCAAUUGCAGGAAAGAAACUAACCAUACAAUCGCUUUUUUCAUUGAAGUUUUGCCACAACUGCAUUUAAAAGUCAGCGUUUUCUUACAAGAGUAAAGUGAGGCUGGUAGAAUGUCUUCCCUCCUUCGUUCUUGCAAGUUUGUCCGGUUCCUUGCCGGCAUAACAAGGAAUAUUUCCUACGGCAAUGGAAGGCAAGACAACUUUGAUUUGGCUGUGCACCACAACCCCAAUGCCUACCGAGGGUUGGCCAUCAGGGCUUUGGCUACCCAGCAAGUUAUUAGCAUCAGACAGGAAAAUACCCUGGACAAGAGUUUACGAAAAAUUGACCAGGAAGCAAGAAGAGCCGGGCGAAUUUCUAAACGAGAGCUUGAUGAAAUUUUGGAUGAAAUAAAGCAGUCAAGAUCAGCCACAAGCUCCCAGUCCCUCAUGGUCAUCAGGUUUUGUGGCAGUAUGGUGCCUGAAGAACACCCUGAGGUCCGAACAAAGUUGGUACAGAAUAUUUGGAAUACUCUGGAAUCCUUAGGCGUCCCCAUGGACAUCAGCCACUACAAUGCUCUCCUGCGCGUGUAUUGGGAAAAUGGACAUCAAUUUUCGCCAGCAGAGUUCUUGAAACAGCUGGAGAAAAAGGGUAUUGAGCCCAAUCGGGUGACUUACCAGCGAUUAGUUGCUCAGCAUUGCCAGCAAGGAGAAAUGGAUGGAGCUGCAAGAAUCCUACAAAUCAUGAGGGAAAAGCAAAUGCCUGUCAACGAAACUGUUUUCAAUGCUCUUAUCACAGGCCAUUCACAGAAUGGUGACAUGGAGAGUGCGAGAGGCAUUCUGGCUUUGAUGAAGCAAGCUGGACUUGAGGCCACAGCUGACACCUUCACCGCUCUCCUUUGUGGUCACGCCAAGCAGGGUGACAUCGAAGCUAUCAGAGCAGUGAUGGCCGAUGCUGAGUCCCAGAACAUUGAAUUUAUGAACAAGGACAUUUUGGAAGUUGUGUUUUCGCUGGCUCAGGCAGGUCAUCAGGAGCAUGUUGAUGAGAUGCUUGGCUUCAAGAAAUCCGCAGGGUUUGUGCAAGAUUGUAUCAACACCAUAUUGAGGCUGGUCAACAUUGGACAAGAGGACGUGGGCAGGAAACUGCUUAACGUAAUUCCACUUCACGUCCGGCAGGGUCCCGAGGGGCCUGAAACCCUUCCCUCUGGCACCUUCUUUGUGAGACAGCUCGUGAAAGCAGGCAGACCAACUGAAAAAAUCAUCUCCAUUUGUGAAGAGAUGCAAAAGUCUGGCGCCAACCCAAGGGCACUCUAUGUUGCACUUGAAACUUCUUUGAAUGAGGGAAAUGACAGCGUUUCCUUCGAGCUAAUGCAGAAGCUGAAGGAAGCAGGAGAGCCCCUUCGCCAGCACUACUUUUGGCCUCUUUUCCUGCGCAGGCAGAAGGAUAACAAUGUCAAAGGUCUCUGUGAAGUUCUGCUAGCAAUGCAGAAGCUCGAAGUGCCCAUCAGAGGCGACACACUUAGGGAGUAUGUUUUGAACAGCAUCAAAGCAGACUCUCUGGGAAAAAUCAACCUGCUACGAUCCUGUGGUGUGUCUGUUGGAACAGCUGCUGUGUCUGUGAUCAUUAAUCUGUUGGAAGAAGGAAAUCUGGAAGAAGCCGCAAAUCUGGCUGGUCAAGUCAAGGCACAAUACCCAUUUGACAACAUGAAACGCUUCUUGGGAAGGGCUUUCGGUCAAAGCAAGAACACUGAAUCGCUGGUCAAGAUGCUUCAAUGUAUUGCUGCUUCCAAAAAGGACACUGAAGAAGGAGACUCAAGAAGCAAUGGGCAAAUUGGGGAACUUCUGGUUGAUAGUAUCAACAAUUUGCAAGGCUCCAAAGGAGAAACUACGAUCAAGGUUUUGAAGGGUCUUGUUGAUUGUGGACUGAGCAUUAACGUGGCCUCUGCAGAAAAACUUCAAGAUAUGUUGGGCUCCGAGCUCACUGCAGAAAUCUCUGAAGCCUUGGGACAACUCACUUCAGGCAAUCUUGAGCCCCAGCCACUGCAAUUAUCUGAUAUGAAUUCCACGGCCAAGCUGUCUAUUUCAAGUUUGGAGCAAAUGUAUGAGACUUUGAGUGCUAGGAACCAACCAACCAAAAUUAUCAGGAAAAAUUUGCUUAUUCGGUACUGUCGCAGUGGAAAUCUUGAAAAGGCAGAGAAUAUAAAGAAGAGCUUGGAUGCUGAGAAUUUCGUACACUCUGUUGGAUGCCUCGCUCUGAUGAUGGAAUUGUACGCCAACCAUGGAAAAGUUGAGGAAGCUCUGAGCUUGAAAAAAAUGAUUGCUGAAAGAGAUCCUGAUAUUAAACUGGAUAACCUCAAACUGAUCAGAUUGGCAACCGCGCAAAUCAAGGCAGGAAGGCCUGAAGACGCAUUGGCAACCCUGAAAGACACAUGCGAGACUGAAUUGGACAGCAAGACGACGUUUAACUUGCGCGGUGCUUGCUGGGAGAUGCUAAACCUUCUUGCUGAGCAGAAAGAAGAACAGCAACUUAAUGCUGCUCUUGAUUGCAUCAUAAGUAACAAAAUUGUCCCCAUCAACAAUGUCCUCCUCGGGCCCCUGGUCAAAAUCAAGCUCUUGCAGGAUGAUAUCCCAGGAGCUUUGGAGCAGUUCCAGCGGUGUUGCGAACAGCACAGAGCUACCCCUUGGAAGUCUGAGCUGACUCGCCGACUCAUUGAUAAUGAGGACGCGGUAUCCCUGCAGAAACUCACAGACCUCAGCACUCAGGUACACGGAGAGGUCAACUCCCUCUACGACCUAGUGUUUGCGUUUGUCGAGUGCGGUCGGAUUAGACAGGCGAGAAGAAUUUUGGAGACGCCUGGACUGAGGGCCAGAACUUUCCGCAUGGAGACUGCUUGCGAGCGUUACUGUGAGAGUGGAAAAUCAUCUUCUCUGGAAGGACUGCUGGAGGCAACCAAAGAACUGCAUCAUGUGGACCGUUCAAACAUUUUCUUAAACCUGCUGAAACUUUAUUGCAAGAAUGAUGAGACAGACAAGGCUCUGAACCUGUGGACUCAGGCACAAGAAGAAAACUACAUGCCACCUGAUGAGUUCCUGGUUAUCCUCAGCGAACAACUGAAGAAGCACAACAUUGAAGUUCCAUUUGUGGUACCAGAGAGAGUUGAACAUGCUCCUCCCCCUCCAAAGACAGAAAAGGCAGAAGUAGCUAGGCCAGCUCCUCCUACGCGUCAGCCCAAAAAAGAAAGGGUCGUGGUGUCAGUCUCAAAGGCAGAGUCUGAUUUCAUGGAGCUGAGACAAGCACUGAGAAGGAAUGAUGUUGACAAUGCAUUGGAAAUUAAGAAAAGGUUGAACGCUAAUGGUCUUACCAUCAAUGUGCGCGACGCUUCAUACCUGAUCGAAAACUUGAUCAACACUGACCGUGUUGGUGAAGCUUUCAAGAUCGCCAAGGAGAUGGCGGAGAGUAACGUGUUCCCUCUAUCUCGAGUGUUUCGAUACCUGUUGAACAAAGUUGCAGCCACUGGAGACAUUGAUGGAAUCGCAGAACUUGGCUAUGCCAUGGAUGAUGAGCAAAAGAAGAUAAUUUCAUAUGAUAACAGGCUCUGCAACGCCUACCUGUUCUCAAACAGAGCCAAAGAGUACCUAGACCUUGUAGAUGAAAAAAUAAAAAAUUCCAAAAGUGAAGAAGAAAUUUCCAAAUUGGCUGAGCAGUUCCCCAGAGGCUCUGCUCUAGGAAUCCUAAACAAACACCCUGAGCUGACUGGGCAAUUAAGUGAAAUCGCCAAGAAGUAUGCCGAAAAAGGUCAUUUGGCGCCAUACAAUGUCUUGUGGAUGCACUUAUUUGCUACUGGUCAAUAUGAUGAAGCAAAAUACAUCUGGGAAAAGUAUCUGUCCAAGUCCACCAGGGUCAUGUUCCAGCACAUCUGCCAAGAAGCCAGAAAGAACAAUGACGCCAUCAUGUGCUCGAAUCUGUUUGGCCUCUUAGUAUCCUCUGAGACUGUUACAUCAGGUGCCAGAGGCAAUGUGCUCAGCUGCCUUAUUGACAUUCUCACCUCUGUUGAAAAAUAUAGUGAAGCGCUGAGCUCCCUUCAAGCUGCGCAGAAAGAUGUUGGUUUGGAGUUUGUCAACAGGACAGCUCUGCAGAGGUUGAAGACUGGCUUGGAAGCGCAGGGCAAGGCCUUCCCCUUCACCAUUCCACCUAAGAACGCAAGUAAAGCAGCAACGACGAGUUCGAGCGACGACGAUUAAUUCCGUGGGUGGACAAUUUAGUGACUGUGUGCAACCCACGAAGUGCAGUUAACCAAAUAGUUGUUUGGUCGCUUAGAUGAUAAUUUGAAUCUAGGGCCUCAGUCUGAGCAUAUUUUUAUUUUCCGUUUUUGUCUUAAAACAAUUUUGGUCCUGUUAAUUUUUAACAGUAAUAUAAAUCAAUGUUCUGAAAAAUAAAAAUGUAGUGAGCAAUUAAAACAGCA